GCGAAAGAAUAAAAAACUUAUAAAACAAUAAAACUACCGCAGAGUGCAGGGGUAGACAAAAUAGAAGCAAACGUUACCACACUUCUGAUUAAUUUUGUGAGUGGCGCAGGCGUGCGUUCUCUUUGCGCUUCCGUUUCGUGUGCGGAAAAUUUAAUCCAAAUUCUGGAAUCUGGAUCACUCAAUCAGCUGUUCACUGCGGUGGCCCACUCUGGAGACGGGAUUUUGGUUUUCUUUUUGUACUCGUACGAUUACCACUUGGACGUUUCACACACUAUUCUUUUUGCGUAUUUUAGUGUUUGUGCCUUUGGUUUUUCAUUUGGAAAAGUACUUUCGUUGUGUAAAUUUGCCGCCAUGUCGCGUCUGAUUAGGAAACUGGUGCAGAACCAAACGGCGUUCUUCCUUUGUGACAUGCAGGAGGCGUUCCGGCCAAAUGUAAAAUAUUUUGCGGAAAUAACGGAGAACUGCCGACGUCUUUUGGAAGGAGCCAAAAUUUUAGAGAUUCCGGUUGUAGUAACCGAGCAGGUUGGAUACCCAAAAGGUCUGAAGCAUACCGUAAAAGAAUUGGAUAUUAGCAGUGCGGCCGGCGUUUUCGACAAGACAGUUUUCAGUAUGGUUAUUCCGGAAACAGAGAAACUGAUGUCCACAAUGUGUGAUAAGAAAUUACAGACGGUAGUUCUUUUCGGAAUUGAAGCGCACGUGUGUAUCUUGCAUACAGCACUGGAUUUGCGAGCAAAGGAUUACGAAGUUCAUGUCGUUGCCGAUGGUGUUUCGUCGAGAUCGCUCAGCGAUCGUGCAUUAGCUUUCGAACGUUUGAAACAAGCUGGAUGUAUAAUGACAUCAGCGGAGACAGUGCUAAUGGAGCUUCUUGGUUCUAAAGAUCAUCCGCAGUUUAAAGCUGUUCAGAAAUUGGUUUUGGACAGAGCACCGGACACAGGACUUUAUCAAACGUCUUAACGCUUGAGAAAAUGUGGAAUAGGUCUUCUGUCAGCAAUUCCUAACUCCGAAGAAUAACGCUGCUUAUUGCCCACGCGAAUGCUUUGAUUUAUCGUUUCAUCGACCACAUUAUUUUGCUGAUAGCUGUAUUAGCCAAUAGCCACACCGUUAUACGUUUUCAGUGCUGAAAUGGUGACCUGUGAUUGUUCGUUAGAUUGAAAAGUAUUAAUGUGGUUCUUCUAAUUUGUUCGAAAAUUGGAUAUUUGCUGAGAGCCUUGCGAUGAUUUUUCAGGGCGUGCAGGCUAAUAGGUGGUUGAAGAAAGCACCACGUACCAGAAAACUUGCUUAAGAAAAGUUGCGGUUGUAAGAA